CCUCCCCAUUCCCCUGCUGUUUUUCUUUUUUUUUUUCACCUUUGGGUUCGCGUGAACCCAGGUUCGUCGCAGAACCUAGCGCCUGGGUUCUGAGAUGAACCCGCGCCUGGGUUCCGAGACGAACCCCGCGCCUGGGUUUGUCUCAGAACCCAAGGGAGGGGUUUGCGACGAACCAGCGCUGGGUUCGUCUCAGAACCCAGGCGCUGGGUUCUGCAACGAACCUGGGUUCGCCUCGGACCCAGGCGCUGGGUUCGCGAUCGCUGAGUUCGCGAUGAACCCAAGCGCGGGGUUUGCCGCGAACCCAGCUCCUGGGUUUGUCUCUGAACGGAAGAUGAGGGGAUUUUCGGUUUAAGGGGAAAGAAAAUGAGGAAGAACACAGUAAGUAUUUUCGGUUUGUUGGAUAUUUUUGGUUUAUUUCUCUGAUUGGAUGAGGAUUUUCGAUUUGUUUCUCUGAUUGUUUGAUUGGAUGAAGAAGAAGAAACAACAAUGGCUGUAAUGUUAUAAAUUGGUGCUUUAUAU